AUGCAACCGUGGAGCCCCACCGCAUGCAUGAGUCCUACGACGCUUGAUGUAGACAACCGAUCCUCGGACCACGAGGAGUUUGACGAGCACCACAAAAUCGACCUUCGGCUAUUAGGUACGGAUUGGCCGUUGUACUGGUCAGUGUACACAGAAAUGUGGGAAAAUCGGAAUGAAUAUCUACCUACUCGGGAACCAAUCAUCGUUCCCGAGUUAGCGUGCAUUCCAGAAUACAUGCCAUGGUUUAGGGCCCAUGGGAAGCCGUAUUUACUUACGCCGGAGGAGAGGCGGCGGCAAAUACGUGUCGGAAGGGAAAUGUGCGGGCCUCAAAAUCCAAGGGGACAAAACUACGAGGGCAGCCCCUCAACGAGGCCCAAACAUUCACCCGGUUCAUCAUCAGCGACCAUGCAAUCACCGUCCCCAACGAGAGCACCAACGCAGUCACCUGGCGCAGCAAUUCAACAGAUGAUACCCACGCAUUCACCUUUCCCUAUGAUGCCAGGUUGGAGCCAAAUGCCCGGAUCAGCUCCAUUUCCUGUAAUGCCGAGCGAACCACCGAUAACUAGGCCAUCGGCGCAGGAGGGGUCGCAAGGGGGGCCGUCGGGGAGCUCUCCUUUUUACCAAUCGCCAGCAACGCAUGGCUUUCAAACUCCGUCGCCGUUCAUGAUGCAAACACCUCCACAUACACUAUUCUUUGAAGGUGGAUCAUCGUCCCAAGUCCGACAACCAGAUGCCGAACCGGAAGAACCAGAAUCCCCACCGGAGGAACAACAACCGCCGCUGGAAGCUAGAGAAAGGAGGAAUCCAAUACAGAAUCGUUUAACGACCGCCAUGUGGAACUGA